GAAGAAAAAAAACAGGAAGCAGCUCAGAAAGUGGAGAAAUAAAGAAAAGCAGAAGUUUGUGUUAGUUCCUGUUCAGACGACAUGAAGACUCGGUGUGUGUUCCAUCGUCUCGGUGUCUGUGUCCUGCUGCUGUCUGGACUGACUGUUUCUUCAGUCUCUGUGGACGUCUAUCCAAACGUUCAGCAGUUCUUCAGAGGAGACAGUUUGUCUGUGAGUUGUCCAGACGUCCAGACAGAUGGAUGGACAGUGAAGAGGACACUGACGAACGGAAACACUGGGACAUGUGCAGAGUUUGGAAGGAUAGACGGGUCAUUCUGCGUUGUCGAUGGUCUCACGCCAGGGGCCAGUGGAGUUUACUGGUGUGAGACCAGUUCAGGACAGCAGAGUGACCAGGUGUCCAUCACUGUAACAGAUUUUUUUGUAAUCUUGGACAUCCCUGCACUUCCUGUGGAGACAGGAAGUGAUGUCACUCUGCGCUGUAUAGUCAGAGAUGGUUCAACACCGAAAGCUGAGUUUAUAAAAAACGGUCGGACACUCACACCUGUCCCAGUAGAAGAGUGGACCAUCUCUGUAGACCACCUGUCUGAUGCAGACCAGUACUCCUGUUAUGUUCCAGAUGUUGGUGGAUCUCCAGCGAGCAGCCUGAGGGUCAAAGGUUCCACUACCACUGAUCCUACAACUUCAUCCUCUGAUCCUGGUUCUUCCCCAGGUCCAGAUUCUCCCUCUGGUUCCACUAUCUCGGUCAUCAUAGCUGUGGUCUCACUGGUUGUCCUGGUUCUGAUUCUGGUUCUGCUGCUGUGGAAGAAACACAAAGGUGACAGUGACUCCUCCCCUCCUGUAGAUGUCACGUAUGCUGAUGUCACCAUCGCUCAGGCAGCCAAUAGGAGAGAUAAACAUCAUGGAGAGGCUGAGACAGUGUACGCUGGAAUCAAAACAAACACUGAAGGAGCUGAGGACGUCACCUACAGUCACGUCGUCAUCAAAGGUCAGAGGUCAUCCAGACGGAACCAUGCUCAGUCAUCUGAUCCUGACGUGGUUUAUUCAUCAGUCAGACCAAGAAACACAUGACCAGGAACACACAUCAGGUUACCACGGUAACGUGGACGCCAACAUCCAUGUGUUUCAUUCCUUAACCAGGAAACGUAGAUCAGCUGGUGGGUGGAGCCGUCUGUUUUAUUGGUGCAGAGCUGUGGAUGUUCACUUUUGUUCCGUUGUAUUUAAUAGAUGUGUUUUGUUUCUUUGCUCCACACUGUCCUCUGGUGGUGACGUCAUGUAUUAAAUUAAACUGGACUGAAUCCUG